AUGGUGAAGAAAGGCGAUUUAGAGGACACUAUCAUAUUUCUUGACAGUAUCCCUGAAGGAAAAAAUAUACGUAUAAACUACGACAUCAUUGAUGCUCGUGUUCACUUCAACCUGCGACUGGCAAUGUCGACCACACCGCAUGAGGCUGCCAGUCUUAACUGGCUCCGAUUUCUCCGCACAAUAUGGAACCACAACUUCCCAAACGUCGAGUUUGAUGAAGCGUUCUCCAGCACUGCAUCAGCAACGUACCGCGGCGAGUCGAAAGGGAAAUCUGCCGAUUGCAACGUAUUACCGGAGCUCAGGGACCGAGGCAUACAGGUCCCGAGUGCAGUCAUUGGAUGCCUAUCCAUAGGAGCUUUUUCUAGAUUUCUGUUUCUAAAUUUCGGGGAUAAUUGUUGGGACCAGGUUGGAAAUGACGAAUCCAGACCACAGACAAAUUUUUCCCAGAUAACUUUCUAA